AACACUCACUUACACGUCACACAUAAACAACGUGUGCGAGACCUUUUUGUGUACAUAUGCGAGACACAUUUUAACCAAUGUUAAGAAUGUGGUAGUAAGGGAUAAUAGGCUAGUAUACUAAACAUUGUCUCUGUUUUACCCAAAUUAUUUUACUACGCGUGGCAAUUAGCAGGAUUAGUCUUUGAAAUGCAAUAACCCCAUUGCUAUGUUGCUACUGCCGACUAGCGCGCUUGGUUAGCUAUUGUGCUUAUGGCACUAGUUUUGAAAUGCAAGAGGAUGUGAAUCAUUGUUGCGAGAUUAACAGGUUAAGCGAGGACAAUUUCUACAUCACACGUUUAGUUAUUCAUUGUGUGUGUCUACCACAGCUAUAUAGACUUGCCAUUUGACUUUGUUGGUGAUAUUAUCUUAAUUGAUCCAGUAGCCAAAAGUUGGAACAAGUUGGCAUUUUCCUGAAUUUUACAGGUGGGCUUAGGCCUACUACUUGGGGAGAUCAUUCAUCAGUUAUGGCAAUACCAAUAGCAAUACUAGAUUGUGACUUAUUGCUUCAUGGAAGAGGACAUAAAACACUGGACAGAUUUGACAUAGACUCUGUUUCCGACGAAUUCCUGUUGACAACAUUCGGUUUCCCAAGAGAGUUCAUUUACUACUUGGUGGAACUGUUGCGGGACAGCCUGACGCGACGCACACAGAGAUCAAGAGCCAUCAGUCCGGAUGUACAGAUUCUGGCUGCUCUCGGAUUCUACACAUCUGGGUCUUUUCAGAGCAAGAUGGGAGACGCUAUAGGCAUCAGCCAAGCCUCCAUGAGUCGCUGUGUUACCAACGUUACUAAAGCGUUAAUUGAGAAGUCAGCAGAAUUCAUUUGUUUUACUAGAGAUGAUUCCACCAAGCAGCAGUCCAAAGAGGAGUUCUACAGGGUAGCUGGAAUACCUAAUGUCAUCGGCGUAGUAGACUGUGGUCAUAUAGCCAUCAAAGCCCCCAAUGCUGAAGACUCAUCUUAUGUUAAUAAGAAAGGCUUUCAUUCAAUCAACUGCCAGAUUGUUUGCGAUGCAAGGGGACUUUUGCUAUGCGCUGAGACACAUUGGCCUGGGAGUCUGCAGGAUGAAUCCAUAUUUAAACAGUCUUCUGUCUUAAAGUAUUUUGAGGAGCAAGACAAGGAGGAAGGCUGGUUAUUAGGGGACAACUGCUACCCACUGAAGAAAUGGUUGAUGACCCCUGUACAGAAUCCAGACACUCCUGCUGAUCACCGCUACAACCUGGCCCACACAUCCACACAUGAGAUUGUCGAUCGCACAUUCAGAGCCAUACAGACACGAUUUCGUUGUCUAGAUGGCUCCAAGGGCUACCUGCAGUACUCACCUGAGAAGUGCGCGAACAUAAUCUUAGCCUGCUGUGUUCUUCACAAUGUCUCUCUUCAGUCAGGGCUAGACGCGUGGACCUUUGAGAGGACGGAGGCUAAAGACCAGUCGGAUGAAAUGACUGAACACCCAGACACUGUGGACUCUGAGGCACACAGAAUACGCCAGGAGCUCAUUCUCAAUCACUUCAGCUAAACAUGGUAUUCUUUGCAAAGAUCGCGUUCAGGAAUAGUCUUGUAUAUUCUCAUAUAUUCAUUAUAUUCAGAAUAAAAUCACAAAAUAUUCACACAAAAACAAUAAAUCACAGUGUGUUUACCAAAAUGCAUACGGUAGGCCUGUGUAAUGAUGGAUGCUCAUUCCUGAUACCCCUGUUGCAUAUGUUUGAUACAGUGGAAUAAAGAAUUGAAGUGGCUCGCACCAGCUUAUUCUUUAGAAUUAACCAUGUAUUUAGGAGUGCAAGAGUGCAUUUCCUUUUGUUGGUGUUGGUGGCUACACGACACUUCUCUGCAGUACAGUGCUGUGCUGUUCUCUGGGUGAAAUACCAUGGGUGCAGGUCAAUGUGGGACUCUGAAAUGGGACGACACCUCUCUGUU